GACUGAUGUUUCGUCUUCUCUCUCUCUAUUAAGCCGAACUUGAACCGAGCUCGGAGCACAUGGAUACAGUGCAAAGCAGUGCGAUAGUAUACGUAAGUGGCUCCCGUGGCUCCCGUCCUCAAACCUCAAACUGGCAUCUCUGUUCUAAAUAUUAGCCAGGGACUGGAAAUAUAGGUUAGACAGGGAUGGGAAAUGCUUAAAACGACUGUGAAUACCGGCCUUAUGUUUGUUUAUGAUCAAGUGGAUCGCCCAGAUCUAUGGGAUCACCAUGGCUCACCUUCAAUAACCUUGCCAAUGGACGCUGUUAGAGUUACAGUGGCUAUUAUUAAAAACAUGUUUGUUGUUUACUUCGACCGAGACAUUGCUACGCAUCAAUGACCAACGAAACAUUUCUCGAGAGGUAUAUUAUGUAUAUUUGAUAGCCAAAAUGGUUACCUUGGGCGAUGUCAGCAUGCAACUUUUGAAACCAGCCGAGGAUCUUGCAGACUGGAAAUUCCCAUUGUCUCAGAUUUUAGAGGAUUAUUAUGUCCUGCUGGAAGAACCAUGCGACGUAAACUUUGGAGAAGCGGGAGUGGUAAUUCAGAAUUCUACUAAUGUAUACGGGCGAAGAGUUGAAAAUUUGUACCGACUUUUAAAACAAGCUACUGAAGCAGACGAAAAGAAUUCUCUGCAUAAAGCAAAAAGUAAGAAGAGUCACGUGGAUUUCGAUGAUUUUGUCAUGGUCGAUAUGGAAAACGAUGUUGGGGUGAAGAAUAUCGACAAGAAGGAGCAACCUCAAGCACAGAAGAAGAUCAAACUGUUGAGUCGCCAGUUCACCCAAUUGGAAGCUGGCGUGGCACAAACGUGUGUUCCUAUUAAAAUGUACGAUGUCACGGGAGAAGGGAUUGGGAAGAAAUACGAUUUCAGAUGUAAUCAAUGUGUAAAUACAAAUGGGAUGCUUGUAGAUGAACUGACGUCAUACGAUUUUACUUGUAUGCUGGGUUCUCCCAUUAGAGAAGAAAGAAAUUCUUUUUCCAUGUUUACAGAGCCAACGACUCCAUGUACUGCAACUUCAGGAUAUCAUUCUGAUAUCAGGUUUCAAACCGAUAACAACUCGACCCUGCUUCAUGACGAUAUUCAUGAUGAGUUCGAAGACGAACACAAUUUUUCGUCGAUAGAAAAUAUUACAGAGAAUAAUGAAAACACGACGAAUAAUUGUAACGAGUUUUCUUCUUUUAACGAUGAUAAUUUAAACGAGAUCAUUACAGGAAUAGACAUGCUUCGGGAAGAGCAUAUCGAGUUAAAUACAGUAGAAAAUGGUCGUGAUUCCUUGAUUGGGAACACGAGACGUGUAACUGAUAAUGAGAAAGAAACGAAGAGUCAGGAUGAGAAUAUAGAACCGAUUGAAAUAGGCGAGCAAGUAGAACGUAAUAGACCGGCUCACAAAAAGAGUCGGAAGAACAAGUGGAAACCAAAAAUAACGUCAACACGUUGUAAAUCCGAUCUGAGUAAAGAUGUUUGGAAGCCGAUGUCGAUGACCGAAGGAGUAAAGAAAAAUUUCACUACCGAUACAUGCGUGUUGAAAAUACCAGAGUAUGUUUCUCUGGUAGAUUCGAGAAUGAGAAAGCGUAAACGUGUAUCGGAGGAUCGCAAACCGGAAUGUUUGGCGAGGUUCAUGUUGCGCGAGAAAUCGCUGGCCGAAUUAAACAAUGUACGCGUGCCACCGAAACCGAAGUUCGAACGUUUGCAGAAGCACGAACUAGAAGAUUUCAUGAAGAAUCUCGACAAGUGUUUAAACACGUUCGAGACAGAGGAUGUCAAUGGUAAUAGAACUUGCCUUCAGGAAGCUACCGAGUCCUAUGACGACGUUCAAUAUGAAACGGUCAUGGACGUGGAUACGGAACCGUUGGAUUUUCUUGUACCGUCGAACGAUCAAGAUAAGAGAGUCGAAAAUAAUGAGAGCGAAAUUGAAGCAGAUAUCACGUUGCCAUUGUCGAUUUACGAUAACGAUGCGUGCAACGCUACCGAGGUAUCUCCCGACUCUUCUAACAAUUCGUCUAAUUCUUUAUCGAAUUACGAAACGUUGAUCGAAGAGGAGAUGAGACAGAUUUUUAAGGGCGAAGACAGGACAGAGUUGAGUCGGACUGUAACGAACUGGCAUGCGUUCCUGCAGCCUAGAUUGUCGGACAGCGAGAGCCAAGCUGAAUUUCGAAUCCACGAAUACACUUCGAAUAUAAUAGACGCAUUACGAGAGUACGAGCAGGAGAAUUCGACUUUUGAUAAUAUCGUGCGAGGCAAACCUCCGUCUGAAGUGGCCAGAUACUUCUUAGCUUCGCUAGAACUGGCCAAUACUUGUAACGUGGAAAUAAAAGAAACCUGUGAUAAUAUAGAAAUAAAACUGCUUAGCGACAAAGGGGAUACUAAGCAAACGAGAGAAUUUAUGAUCAUGGAGAAGAAAAGCAUGAUAUUACAACCAUGGAGCCUUUUGUUUCUUAUCCUGACACAAUUCUUAGUACAAUUCUUAACGUCUAUGUACCUGUACACUUACAUUGCCCAUGUGGAGACAAACGUUGCCGUGCAGAACCAAGACCUAUUAGAGGCUGAGAAAUUAUUAAGGAGGAAACGCAGCAGUGCACUGCCCGUGACCGAAGAUAAUAAAGUCGUAGACACAUCGAGAAUGUGGCAGGAAAAAGAUAUGGCAAAGGAGUCUAGAAAAGUGACCUCGCCUCCUACGAAUAAAGGCGUAUCGUCGUCUCCUAUCACUCCUCUGGGAAACGAAUGGCUAUGGUUGAACGCGGACACUCGAGUGCAGCUUGAUGCAAUUGAAAACUUUUGUCGGUCAUCAAUGAAAUAUUGUCCACCAGGAUUGCCAGGAGCGACAGGAAGUUCGGGGACUCCUGGAGAACCGGGACUUCCUGGAUUGCAAGGAAUGACCGGUCCGCAGGGACCGCCUGGUAUGAAGGGUGAGAGAGGACCUCCCGGUUUCGACGGGAGAGACGGAAUACCGGGAGAACCUGGUCUCGACGGUAUUCCCGGUCGAAGCGGUUUGGACGGCUCGCCCGGUACAAAUGGCAAACCUGGAGUGAACGGAUCUCCCGGUCGUCCUGGACGUAACGGCACGGACGGGAACCCGGGACAUACGGGACCACAGGGACCACAGGGACCACCGGGACUGCGUGGAGACAUGGGUCCUCCCGGCAGGCCAGGGCAAGAUGGUACGCCAGGGAUAUCAGCGUGGAAAGUGAACAUGAACGAUUAUAAUUUAAACGAUUUGUUGGUUCCGCCUUCUAUCCUUGACGAUCCGAUGUCGUCCAUGACAUCGAACUCUACCAGAAUAAUUUCUGUCUACGAAAGUACUAAUUUACGGUUAAAAUGUGCAGCGAGCGGCAAGCCGGAACCUACCGUUCAGUGGCUCAGAAGCGACGGUUCUGCCGUCCCACUAGGAUCUUGGCACGUGAGUUCUGUAAUUGGCCAUACGUUCAAUGUCAGCUCGGUGAGCAGAGAGCAUAUGGGAGAUUACGUUUGCGUCGCUGACAAUGGAGUUCCCCCGCGAGCAUAUAAAAAAUACCAACUCCAAGUUAAGUUCCCACCGUUUAUUCAAAUACGCAAUCAAAUAAUUCGCGCGCGCAGCGGAACCACCGCGAUUCUAGAGUGCGAGAUCGAAGCGUUCCCGGAACCGGACGUCCAUUGGGAACGCGACGGUGGACGCCAAUUAAAAAUGUCUGAGAAGUAUAGGAUGGAAGUUUACGAUAGAAGAGAUAUGUACAAGCUUAAAGCGCGUCUGAAGAUCACAAAGAUAGGGUCAAUGGAUCACGGUACCUAUCACUGUGUUGUCAAAAAUGAUCUUGAGACCAUUAGGGGGUCAUUCACGGUCGAUGAUAUUCAUUCGAAGAGUUUGGAUAAGUCUAAAGUGGGAAGGCAACACGUUACUUAUGGAAAACCGGCGCCAAAACACGUCGACCUUGAAGAUCUUUGCGGACCACGUGAAACGUGCCCCACGUGCCCCGUUCUCAGAUGUACUUUCACAGACGUUGCUGAAUACUUGAAAAUCCAGCCGUUGAAGAAUAUUAAUUUCACCGGACUUCCACCGAGACUCGCAGACGGUGUAAUAGAAGCAGUGGGGAAACCUGUCUUGAAAGGUACCAUGGAUGAUCAUUACGGAAGUUGGAUGCACGACGCCAAGUUCGACGGUUACCCGGAGAAGCUUUGGGUCACACGGAAAAAUGAUACCUCUUUCAUCUUUGAAUACAAAUCGAAGGACCAUUAUAAAAACUCCAGUUCAUAUUCCAUCGCUUUACCAUAUCCGUUCCAGGGGAACGGGCACGUGAUUUACAACAGAUCUUUCUUUUACAAUCCCAUAAAUCGAUCUUCUAUUUAUCGUUUCGAUCUCCAUUCCUUCUCCGAUCACAUCUGCGACGAGUACACGCGAUGUGAACUGCAUCUGCCAGGGUUGUUGGUCAACACGAGAAAUUACUUGUACACGCCGAACCAUAAUUUCAACUAUGUAGACUUCAACGUCGACGAGAACGGUUUAUGGGUAAUAUACGGAUUACCGUCGAAUAAUACAGUGGUGAUAAAAAUUGAUUCGUCCAGCAUGCAUAUUCAACACGCAUGGAACAUCAGUAUCGACAAUCAUAAGUUCGGGGAGAUGUUCAUUGCCGGGGGGGUGCUCUAUGCUGUUCACAGCGUUACAGAAGAAACGAUGAAAAUAAGACUGGCCUUCGAUCUUUACAAGAACGUUACGGUACCGGUUCAUUUGUCAUUUACAAAUCCCUAUCAUAAGACUACAUCGGUCAGCUACAACCACAAGACGAAAGAACUCUACACUUGGAACAAAGGGAAUCAACUGGCCUAUCCCAUUAAGUUUCAAGGAUCGGCGAACAUUACAGCGAAAGAUGAAAUUGGAAUUUAAAGGUCUAACCGACGUAUCAACAAUUUUCGUCUAUAUUUUAUUCUAUAACUUGUCAGUAAUGUACCAACGAACAGACAAUAACAAAAGUACACCCUCGUUCAAUUCUAA